AUGUCAUCUCUCGCCCGAGGCACCUGUAUCCUCCGGUUGUCAUGUCGACCUCCAUAUCACGCAGUUCUUCUCCGCCAAUCUCACAAACUCUUCUCAACGACCUCCGCACCCCUACAAGCGCAACCUAGCGAUAAGAACUCCCCAAACACAGUAGUCGCACCAGAAGCACACGAGAUCAACGCACCACUUAGCACCCUUCCCGCCGAUCUCGCCCUUCCAGAGACCCUCCCUCCAACCGCCGCAGUCCCAGCAAAGCUGCAGCGCUUCAUCGCCAUCGGCCGCGCAUACCUCACCUUCUACAAAACAGGCCUGAAGAACGUCUUUCGGAAUUACCGUGCCUCGCUCCCAUUAAGAAGAGAAUUAGGUCUACCCGCCUAUCUGCCGACGUCUCCACCGCGCAAGGUCCCAAACCCCAUCAAUCCCACCACGUCUGAAAAGACAUCGAAUGCUGGCCCUGCACCGUCGAGGAAUACAUAUGAUCUUCGCAGUCUGGGGCUGGGGAGAGGCCAGUUCCAGCUCGUGAGGCGUUCGGCGAGGGAUGUUCAGCGUAUGAUUCCAUUUACUUUGAUUUUGAUGAUUUGCGGCGAGUUCACGCCGCUGAUUAUUCCUAUCUUUGGGUCGGCGAUUACGCCGGCUACAUGUCGGGUUCCGGGGCAGAUUACGAAAGACCGGGAGAGGGCUUCGAAACGGAAGGCGUUGGCUCUGCAGGCGUACACAGGUGCGAACCCGGAAUCAAAGCCAAUAAGUGAUGUCGAGUCAUUCAAGCUCUUGAUCCAGCUGGCCAGUCCGGCUUGGGUUGAGACUGCCAACGCUGCGUCUGUGCUGCAGGCAUGUGCCGUCUUUGGGCUUGUUAAAAAACAUGAUCGGUUCGCUGGGACGGCGCUAGCUGGCUUGGUUUAUCGGCGUCGAUUAUUGCAGUACCUCGAGUAUCUUGCUAUCGAUGAUGCGAUGAUCCGGGGCGGUGGAGGAGUUGAGAAGCUGAGCUAUGCCGAGGUGCGGAUAGCGUUAGAUGAACGUGGUGCCGGGGAUGUGGACGACGCUAUUCGUCGCGAUUGCUCAGCGGAAGAAGUGGAAUCGGUCGAAAGAAGCUGGUUGAACAAGUGGUUGACAUCGAGGGAGGCAUAG